AUCUUGAUUCUUUAUAAGUGGAAAGACGAAAGCCAAUCGCGAUCCUCUUCUUUAUAUGGAGGAGUGUGGAGGGGCUGCUCAAAGAUAUAGCCUACCUAGCUCAGAGAUGAGAAAAAUACAACCCAUUUAAGAACGAAACACGAAAACACACGCGGAUCUUUUCUGGUGUUAACUUUUUUCUUUUGAUUGCGUUGGAUGCCAAACUCGGAGCUGCCAAUGUCACUCUUAAGCGUCUACAACUAAUCAGAGAACAAACGAAGAGAGACAAGCAAUACCGCAACCCCUAGGAAAGAGGGCUUCUGCCUCCCCAUCAGGUCCUGCUCCACUUGCACACAGGUAUGUCACUUUUGUUGGACAAAGCGCUGCCGGCAGUUAGAGCAGCAGAGUCUCUGCCACAUGGAAAGCCUGAACAACGAGACGCAGGUUUCGGCUGGCACUGUUGGGGAAAGCGCCGACCUCAGCGUUCGGAUUCUCACAGGAUGCGUUUUAUUUCUGCUGAUCGUCUCCACGCUAUUGGGAAACACGCUGGUCUGUGUCGCGGUCGUUAAAUUCCGGCACUUGCGGUCCAAAGUCACUAACUUCUUCGUCAUCUCCUUGGCCGUGUCAGACCUCUUUGUAGCUGUUUUAGUAAUGCCUUGGAAAGCUAUUACUGAGGUAGCAGGCGGCUGGCUUUUUGGCAGUUUCUGCAACACCUGGAUCGCCUUUGACAUCAUGUGCUCGACAGCCUCUAUCCUUAACCUGUGCAUCAUAAGUGUAGACCGAUACUGGGCAAUAGCGAGUCCUUUCAGAUACGAGCGUAAAAUGACCCAAAGGGUGGCCUUCAUUAUGAUUGGGGUUGCUUGGACGCUUUCCAUUCUAAUCUCGUUCAUCCCAGUUCAACUCAAUUGGCACAGAGCGGAGGAAUUAGAGCAGGUGGCACAUUUCAGCAACCAGACUGAAAAUUGUGACGCCAGACUUAACAGGACAUAUGCGAUCCUUUCGUCUCUGAUCAGCUUUUACAUUCCCGUGGCCAUCAUGAUUGUCACCUACACUCGGAUCUACAGAAUUGCACAGACUCAAAUCCGGAGGAUCUCCUCCCUGGAAAGAGCGGUGGAGCACUCGCAUCCGCACGCCAGCGACUGUCCCCACGAAAACUCGCUCAAAACUUCUUUCAAGAAAGAAACCAAAGUUUUGAAAACUCUCUCCAUCAUCAUGGGCGUCUUUGUUUUCUGUUGGAUGCCCUUCUUUCUACUGAACUGCAUGGUGCCCUUCUGUGACUCCCCCGGGGAGCCGCCAUGUGUCAGCCAGACAACCUUUGAUAUUUUUGUAUGGUUCGGAUGGGCGAACUCGUCAGUAAAUCCGGUGAUAUAUGCACUGAAUGCAGAUUUUAGAAAAGCCUUCGCCACCAUCCUGGGCUGCAAUCGUUUUUGUUCCAGUACAACAGUGGAAGCGGUGAACUUCAGCAAUGAGCUGGUUUCCUACCAUCAUGACACCACAUUUCAAAAGGAUGCUCCGAACAUCUUUAACGCGUCUCCGCUCUCCAACGCGGAGGACCAGCCAGGUGACGAGGAGCCGUUCGACAAAACGUCAGUCAAUUCACAGAGAUCCCUGGGCCACAAGAACACCUUGCUGCCCGGAGUGCAGUUUGAGUGCGAGGCGGAGAUCUCGUUAGACACGAUCACGCCUUUCACCUCCACGGGGCUGCACGAGUGCGACGCGAUUCCCGGACAGAUCCGAGAGGAGUAAACGGGUAUCUCUCCGGUCACCGUUGGUGCAGCUGGAACAUACUUUACACAGCAUGGGAAUCUAAAUAAGAAAACGUCGCGCCUUGUUAAAUGGCCAAUGUCUAAUAAAUAACUUAAU